CAAACCCUCACCCUCUCUGUUUUUCCUCUUCAAUCACAUUUUCUCUCUCUGCAUUUUCCAAUUGCUCUCACAAACCCUAAUUCUCGCUCUACCUAUACAUAUCACAUAUGCAUACAUCCCCCAAUUUGCAUCUGGAAUCUUUCUCACUCUGAUAUUUCUGUAUCGCCACUCGCGGAUUCACUUCUCUCUCAAUCUCGCUCUCACUAUUUGUUUGUUUCGUGUGUGAUUCGCCGUUCGUUGUGUUUGAUUGUUACCUGAAAUUCUCUGGAAUAUCAAUUUGUUGCGAUGGCGGAAAGUAAACUGGAUCUCCCGGAGGAUCUCAUCGGUUCGAAGCCGUCCGAUCAAUCUUGGAUUCCGAAAGCUUCCACUGGAAAUGAUGAGGACAAGGGGUUGAUGGGAUCACUGGAUGAGUCAAAGGAUCAAGCAGCUUCUGAGAUUCCUCUGUCCCCACAGUGGCUGUAUGCUAAGCCAAAUGAGCCAAAAAUGGAAGCCCGUGGCCCAAGUUCUCUGUCUCUUGGCACCUCUGCUGAUUUGAACCAAAAGGAGGUUUGGCGCUCAGAUGUUCCUGAGGAAAAAAAAGAUUGGAGAAAGAUUGCUCCUGAACCCGACAGUGCUCGCCGCUGGCGUGAAGAAGAAAGGGAAACUGGAACGUUUGGGCGAAAGGAUCGCAGGAAGAUGGACAGACGGGUUGACAAUGCUCCGGCCAGAGAACCUACUGAGAACAGAUCUUUGCCAGCAACUGACAGGUGGCAUGAUGUUAAUAAUCGCAGUGCUGGCCAUGAAACAAGGCGUGAUAGCAAAUGGUCUUUAAGGUGGGGCCCUGAUGACAAAGAAAAGGAUUCUCGGGGGGAUAAAAGGACAGAUGUGGAGAAGGAAGAGUCCCAUAAUGAAAGCCAACCAUUUGUUUCAAAUAGUCGUUCUGGUCCUGAGCGUGAAACUGAUUCUCGUGAUAAGUGGAGGCCUCGGCAUAGGAUGGAGGGGAAUCCUGCUGGAUCUGGUCAACGCACUGCUCCUGGAUUUGGACCUGAAAGGGGAAGAGUUGAUGGUUCAAAUGUGGGCUUUACUGUAGGGCGUGGUAGAUCUUCUGCUUCCAUUGGAAGACCUUCAUCAUCUUCUCCAAUUGGUGCUGCUCAGUGUGAUAAAAAUGGAAAAUUUGUUUACCCCAGAGGCAAACUACUUGACAUAUAUCGUAAGCAAAAGCUGGAGUCAUCCCUUGCCCCUGUGCCAGACACUUUUGAGGAAGUACCCCCAAUAACUCAAUUAGAGGCUGCAGAUCCUUUAGCUUUUGUUGCUCCGGACGCUGAGCAAGAGGCUGUACUGAGUGACAUAUGGAAGGGUAAAAUAACUAGCAGUGGAGCCUUGUACAGUGCACUUAAGACGGGCAGAUCUGGUGAUAGCUUUUCAGAAGUGGCAGACGUUGAAUUCUCCAACGGAAGACAGGUUUCCUUCUCUGCUGAUGUCACUGAAGAUAUACCAGAUAACUUCGAUAAAUCAUCAGCUGAUAUUCAUGAAGCUAGUGUUGAUAGCAUAUUCUACGAUACUUCAUCGAAAGGAGGUCUGUUAAAUGAGAAAACUGUUAAUUAUGAAGAACAAUAUGAAGUUUUAGAGAACAUGAACGAGAAAGAACUGGAUAUUGGCCGUUUGCAAGCUCUAAAUGGUGCUCAAUAUGAACAGUUCUGGUCUGAUGAGCUGCACAAGACUGGGAGCAGAGCCAAUGAAUAUCAGCUGGAUAGAGGAAUCCCUCCAGAGGAAUUGAGUUUGUAUUAUCAGGAUCCUCAAGGGGAGAUACAAGGACCUUUUCUUGGGGUGGACAUCAUUUCAUGGUUUGAGCAAGGGUUUUUUGGGGCCGACUUACCUGUUCGUUUGGAAGAUGCGCCUGAUGACUCACCCUUCCUUGAAUUGGGAGAUGUUAUGCCUCAAUUGAAAUUUGGACAUGAGUAUGGUAGUGGAAAUGAGUUGAGUUCCAAUUUAGAAAAGUCAGCUGUAAUGGAGGGUGCGUCUGAAACAUGCUUACAAGCUGGUGCUCCAGUUCCUGAAUCUGUUUCUUCCACUGUAGUGGAUGGAUCCAGAUGGCAGUUACAUGAGUUUGAUAAUAUCCCUUCACAUCAAGGUCAGUCAAAUGUACCUGACAGUCAUCGUCAUCUGCCACAACACAUGUACUCUCAGGGAAAAGAUUUCAAUGAUUUUGGCGUCCAAGAUGAAGAAAUCGUGUUUCCUGGAAGACCUGGUAGUGGUGGCAGUACGAUAGGAAAGACGUCGAGAGUAUAUGGGGAAUCUGCCUCAAAUAGUGGGAACCAGUCGCAUCUCCCUCAUGAAAUGACAGAGUCUGGUUUGUCAAAUCAGAAUGACAAUAAAAUGAAUCCUUUUAGAUGGUCUGAGCUUGCCAGUACACACACAAGGAGUGAACAGGCACCUCCAUUCAGUGGAGGCGUGCAGGAGAAACUUGUAAAUGCAGGACCUGGUGGUAGACUUUCCCCUUUCAGUGCCAUGGCUAAUCAGGCUCACGCCCCAGAGGCAUGGAAUGAUGCUUUUGGCAGCAGCUCACAUUCGUAUCAAGAUGUCAUGGAUGGUCGCCUAUCUUCCAGAAUGGACCAAGAAUUUAGCCAAUUUGAUAUAGCAGAGAAGCUAUUGCAGCAGCAACUUCAGCAGCAGCAUCUCCAGCAGCAUGGUGUGGUGCCUUCCCUUAAUACGCACAUGAGUGAUGCAAUGCUAGAAGGGGCCCCAUCUACUAAGUUGAUGCACCACAAACAGCUUGGUAAUCAAAUGGGGCAAGAUAUGGAACAUCUAUUAGCCCUUCAGCGGCAGCAGCAGAGGCAGAUCCAACUUCAACAACAGCAGCAGCUGCAGCAACAAGAGCAGUUCCAUCAGCAGCAAAUGUUGUUGAAAGAGCAACAGCAGUCUCAGGCAAGACAGGCUCUUCUUGAGCAGUUGCUGCAGAGUCAAAUGCGCGAGUCAGGUCGUGGGCAGUCUCGUGCUGCUCUUGAACAGGCUUUGUUGAAGCAGCAAAUUCUGAAUGAUAGGCAACAACGCUCCCAAUUUCCUUCUAGGCAUUCUGAUCCAUCCCUUGAGCAGCUAAUUCAAGCAAAAUUUGGUCAAGUGCCUCAUCAAGGGCAUCAAAAUGAUUUAGUGGAUCUCUUGUCACACGGAAGGCAUGGGCAAAUUCACCCCCUGGAUCAACAGAUCAUUCAGCAAGAUCAGCUGCAUGGGAGGCAGUUGCCUUUGGGGCUAAGGCAGCGAUUGGAAAUGGAAGAAAGGCCAAUCAACCCUGGGUGGUCGCUUGAUGAUGCUGGUAAUUUUCACAGAAAUCCCUCUGCCACUAAUAGAGCCAUCACUGCUGGAUUUGGUCCAUUGGAUUUUUAUUCCCAACAAAUUCCACCUCCGGAGGAGCAUCUCAACCUUCUUGAACGCAAUCUUUCUGUACAUGACAGACUCCAACAUGGUCUUUAUGAGCCUGGCAUGUUACCUUUUGAGCGUUCAAUGUCAUUGCCUGUGGGUCCUGCUGGGGUAAAUCGUGAUGUUGUGAAUUCAUUGGCUCGUGGCCUAGAAAUGCAGGAGCAGAUUGCACGGAUUCAAUCUAGUGGUCAAGGCGGAGGAUUCUCGUCAGGCAUGUUUUCUCAGCAUAUAAACCACCCUUUACAUUCCAAUCAAUUUCAUGAGUCACGAAUGGAUACAACAGAGGGCCAUUGGUCUGAUAAUAAUGGUCAUUUACCGAAUGAUUGGAUGGAGUCUAGAGUUCAACAACACCUUCAUAAUGAAAGGCAGAGGAGAGAGAUAGAUGCCAAAAGAAAUACUGAAGACCCUAGUUUGUGGAUGUCAGCUGGAUCAAAUGAUGACAGUUCUAAGCGAUUGCUUAUGGAGCUACUACAGCAGAAAACUGGCCACGCAUCAAGUGACCACACUGAUAUGAUUAAUGGAGUACCAAAUGAGAGAAGGCCACCUUCAGGUCAUCGCCAUAGGAGCAUGUCAAACCAGUCAUUCGGUGCUCUUUCAGACCAGGAAUCUGGUUUCAACAACUCAUUCACUGUUGGGUCCUUUAAUUCUGAUUCAGGUCUGCCACCACAGAAUCGACGGGGAGAGGAAAAGGCUAAGUUCGUGAAGGAGAUGCAUACUCAAGUGCAAGAGAGGAUCCGAGAGAGGGGAGAGCAAGUAGCCCGCCACGUGAACAAGGGACGCAAGAAGGUGGUUUUUGAACCCGGCGAUUGGGUGUGGGUACAUCUUAGGAAGAUUCGUUUCCCCGACAAGACCAAGGGCAAGCUAGCCCCUAGAGGAGAUGGGCCUUUUCUUGUGUUGGAACGCGUCAACGACAACGCCUACGUGAUCGACUUGCCCGGUGAGUAUAAUGUUAGUUGCACGUUCAACGUCACUGAUUUGAGUCCGUUUGAUGUUGUAGGGAGUUCGGAUUUGAGGACAAAUCCUUUCCAAGAAGGGGAGGAUGAUACGACCUCACGUGUUGGACCCAUGACGAGAGCCAUGACGAGGCGGCUUCGGGAUGGACUCGCAACUUUCAUUCAAAAGUCCAAGCGGGAGGAGCCUAGGAGGACGGAUGAGCCAAAGUUGAGGAUUGUGCUGAAGAACGAGGGCCGACCAAUUGGAUUCAAAUGGAAAUCUUCCUAUUGA